UCCCUUGUAAUAGUAUGGAGCAAAUGCAUUAAUUUGUAGGGACAUGACAAAUGGGUUUUUGUGUUGGAUAUGGAAAUUUUGAAGUAGUCAAGAUUUUACCAGAAUGAGACUUGUGGAAGGGAAAAAGGGAGGACUUUUCUAAGACUUAUAAUUAUUGUGAGAAGAUAAUGCUGUACUGGUACUGCAAUCACUAUUAUGUGUAACAAAAAUGGCAUCAUCCUUUCCAGAAAACUCUUCAUUUAUAGCAAAGCAAGGAUGUGCAGAUCACUGUGGUGGUGUCUUGAUUCCAUAUCCUUUCGGAAUUGGUGAGAAUUGUUUCCAUGAUGCAUGGUACGAGAUCAUAUGCAAUGUUUCUUUCAAUCCUCCAAAACCAUUCUUGCAUCUGCUGAACUUCGAGGUGGUGGAUAUAAGUUGGAAUGGGAGGUACCGUAAUCAGAACCUGACGUUACAGUAUGCAGAAGGCGGUGAUAAUGAUCAUCAGAUACUGAAACUAAUCAUGGCACCCAAAAGUAUUUGUGUAGGUGAUGCUAUGGACCCAAUUGACAUAAGAAACAGUUCAUAUCGCUUCAUAAGAAAAGAUAAUGUUUUGCUGGUAGACGGCUGUUCAGGUAAUGCUGUAUUGACUGAUGGACUAGGAGAUAACUUGGCUGAAUGUGAUACAGUUUGUUCAGGAAAUAUUAAUCAUGUGACCGCGAAAAAGAGCUGCAGAAAUGGGAUUGGAUGCUGCAUAGCACCAAUUAGCUCCAAGGUAACCUUUUUUGGGUUUUUGAAUAUGUCUCUUAAUGAGAGUAGAACUGUUCCCCCGAAUGCCUGCAACAUGGUAGUUGCUUUAGUUGACAGUAGUUCAGCACACAGUUAUGCUACCGGAAAUUCAACUUUGGAUGAACUUCACCCUACUACGGUGUUAAGAUGGUGGGCUACAUACAUGCCGAUUUUUAGUAGUGACAAUGUCACUUGUGUUGGGAGUUCGAAAUCUCAGACCUGCUUAUGCAAUUUUCCGUAUGAAGGGAACCCCUAUCUUCCAAAUGGAUGCCAAGUUGCAAGAGAGUGUCGAAAGUGCAGAGGUCGAUGUCAAGGCCAAAGCAAUAUGUCAGGCACCUACUACUGUAAGAAGGAUCCUCUGGCAAAACUGGUUGAAAUUCUUGGAGGUACUACCGGCCUUUUGUUGUUGUGCUGCGCGAACUUCACAUGUCUGUGUUACUGUCUGAAAAAACGGAAGCAUCAGAAAAUGAAAGACAGAUGGUUUCAGAAAAAUGGCGGUAUGUUGUUGCAGAAGCAGCAGUUUCCCUCGUUUCAAAACAGCAAUGAACCAACAACACCCCGAAUAUUUACCAGUAACGAGCUGAAAGCUGCCACGAAAAAUUACAGUAGGGAAAACAUUCUUGGUAAAGGUGGCUACGGUACAGUUUAUAAAGGAUUAGUACGGGAUCAAGUAGUCGCAGUAAAGAAAUCUCAGUUAAGUGGGGAAAUUCAAGUUGAACAGUUCAUUAACGAGGUGAUCAUCCUUACACAAGUUAACCACAGACAUGUAGUAAAGCUUUUGGGAUGCUGCUUAGAAACUGAAAUCCCUUUACUGGUGUAUGAAUUUGUCAGUAAUGGUAGUUUGUAUGAUCUGAUCCAUGGUGAAGGAAGCUCAGUAUUUCUCUCUUGGGAAAACUGUCUGAGAAUCGCAACAGAAGCUGCUGAUGCAUUUGCUUAUCUUCAUUCAGCAGCCUCAAUCCCAGUUAUUCACAGAGAUAUCAAGUCAUCUAAUAUACUUCUGGAUGAAAACUUCAUGACAAAAGUAUCCGAUUUUGGAGGGUCAAGACUAGUUCCAAUGGACCAAACUCAAGUAACCACCCUAGUCCAAGGAACUCUAGGGUAUCUCGAUCCUGAAUACUUUCAAACUAGUCAUCUGAGUGAAAAGAGUGAUGUUUAUAGUUUCGGAGUAGUUCUUGCUGAGCUACUAACAAGGCGAAAACCUAUUAUAUGGGAGAGGGGGAUUGAACAGAGAAAUUUAGCAACACAUUUUCUGUCUGCAAUGAAGAACAACCAGUUUUUCAGCAUUUUGGAGCCUCGAUUGAUGAUGGAAACUACCCCUGAGCAGCUCAUUGCUGUUGCAGAGCUUGUCAGACGAUGUCUUAGCCUGAACGGGGAGAAAAGGCCGUCAAUGAAACAAGUUGCAAGGAAGCUGGACAGUUUGAGAAAGUAUGAUGAAAAGUAUGCUGGUAUUAAGGAAGCUGAUGAAGAACAGAACAAUGCCUCUGUAGUUGAAUUUGAGAGUCAUUGUUGUUUGCAGUUCGAGGAAGGGGAUUCAUCGCGGCUGUGCACUAUGGAGGAGGACAUGAUUACUGAAAUGAGAUAUCCUCGCUAGUUGUUAGCAACUUAUGACAUUGUUGUAAGCAACACUGACUGAAUUCGAGCUGAAACUGAUAAGGUAGUUGUUUAUUGUAGUGACAUAACUCAGAUGAUCUGUUCGGCAUGAAAGGAGUCUGAAGUCUGAUAAGGUAGUUGUUUAUUGAAGUGACAUAACUCAGAUGAUCUGUUCGCUAGUUGUUAGCAACUUAUGACAUUGUUGUAGUGAAACUGAUAAGGUGGCACCUGAAACUGAUAAGGUAAGUUGUUUAUUGUA